UGCCCAUGGGCGCAUCCUGGACCAUGUCUUCAACCGCCGAAUUGCUCUGGAAGAUACGACCGAUGGCAGCCAGACCCACCAAGAGUGUAAGCGGCAAUAUGGUGAUAGUGCAAAGAGAUGGCUCCCCUGAAGCGGCACACGAGGCCAGACACACCGUGCUGGCCAAAACUGCCGAGAAGCUCAUGAGGAGAUCGUUGUGCUAGUGAAAAAUGAAGUACCCACGUUUGAU